AUGUCCCGGGUUCUUCGGGCCAGCCGCUGCUCACCCUUGUCAUGCCGCUCGCCGCUCACUCGACCUCCGGUAUGCAGUGCCAGGACGGUGUCAACGGCUGCGGCCGCUCACGAGGACUCAGCGGAUGUGCCUUCUCCAGAGGUGGGAUUCCGUCGUCAACGAAUUCACGACGCCAAACCCUUCUCCGAGUUCUUGACCGACACCUUCCACCGUCAGCAUGAUUAUCUGCGCAUCUCGAUAACUGAGAGAUGCAAUCUACGCUGUGUCUACUGUAUGCCGGAGGAGGGUGUUCCGCUCUCCCCAAACAAGGAGCUGCUGACCACCCCCGAGAUUAUUCUCCUGUCGUCGGUAUUUGUCUCCCAGGGUGUGACUAAGAUUCGCCUAACUGGGGGAGAGCCAACUGUCCGGCGUGACAUUCUACCCCUGAUGCAUCAGAUCGGAGAGUUGCGUCGGCAUGGCCUCAAAGAGAUCUGCAUCACAACAAAUGGGAUCUCUCUCCACCGAAAGUUGGAUAGCAUGAUCGAGGCGGGAUUGACCGGUGUUAAUCUCAGCCUCGACACCCUGGACCCGUGGCAGUUUCAGAUCAUGACGCGGAGAAAGGGAUUUGAUGCCGUACAGAAGAGCAUCGAUCGGAUUACGGAACUGAACAGGCUCGGUGCCGGCGUCAAAUUGAAGAUCAACUGUGUAGUGAUGAGGGGAAUCAAUGACAGGGAGGUUCUUCCCUUCGUGGACAUGACCGAGAACAAAGACAUUGAGGUCCGGUUUAUCGAAUAUAUGCCUUUCGAUGGGAACAAAUGGAACCAGGGGAAGAUGUUCAGCUACUCGGAAAUGCUUGACCUCAUCCGGACAAAGUAUCCAACUCUCGAAAAGGUCCAAGAUCACAAGAAUGACACCAGCAAGACCUGGCACGUCCCUGGCUUCACUGGGCGCAUCGGCUUCAUCACGAGCAUGACACACAACUUUUGUGGCACUUGCAAUCGGUUGCGCAUCACGAGCGAUGGCAACCUCAAGGUUUGCCUCUUUGGAAAUGCAGAGGUAUCAUUGCGUGAUAUUCUCCGUAAGUCCAACCAGGGUGAGCCCAUCGACGAGCAAGCGUUCGAGGCUAUGAAACAACUCGAAAUGGACCGCAGGGCAGCACUAAGCGCAUCAAACCAACCGCCCCUGGGACUGGCACCUAACGAAAUGGAGUUGCUCAAUGUCAUUGGCGCUGCCGUCAAAAGGAAGAAGGCAAAGCACGCGGGCGUUGGGGCCCUGGAGCACAUGAAGAACCGACCCAUGAUCUUAAUAGAUCCUAUGCCUACGUCCAUGUAUGGGGACAUGCCUCGUCGCAUUCGACACAUCCUUGGUGACGGGGCUCUCGUCGCUGGCCACAUGGCCCUCCAGCAACGGCGACUAUUCUCGCAGUCUCGUCACACUGGAGAAGGCGAACGUGGGAAGCCAGAAGCCCCCCAGUUGACACACGUAUCUGAGUCUGGAUCGGCGCGGAUGGUUUCCAUCUCGGACAAGAGCAUCACAUCCCGGGUGGCUAAGGCGGCUUGUACGGUCCGGUUCUCCAACAAGACGGCGAUCGAUCUCAUCCGGGAAAACCAAAUGAAGAAAGGAGACGUCCUUGGAGUCGCCCGAGUAGCAGGCAUCAUGGCAUCGAAGCGAACACCGGACCUAAUCCCCCUCUGCCACCCAAUCGCGCUCUCCAAGGUCAGCGUUGAUCUCGACGUCAGGGGCGGCGACAUGAUCGAGAUCUUGGCGACUGUCACGUGCGAUGGGAAGACUGGAGUAGAGAUGGAGGCGCUCACGGCGGCGUCUACAGCGGCAUUGACGGUCUACGAUAUGUGCAAGGCGGUGGACAAGGCAAUGGUGAUUGAGGGUUUGAGGGUCGUGCUCAAGGACGGAGGCAAGAGCGGCAGAUGGGAGAUGGAUUGA